AUGCCCAAAUGCGUUGAUUUAGCGGGCUCUGAAGGCGGUGGGGCCGGAAAGCGUGGCUCAGGAAGUGCCAGAGCCGCUCUGCAAACGGCUGGACGGAGUCCUAGUGGCAUGCUGGAUACAGAUUCCGCGUCUUGCCCGUUGAGCGGUGGCCCGGCAAGCGAUCGAGCGCGGCCUGUUGCGGGGGCCCGCGUUAGUCGUCGUCGUUGGCGCUGCCCGCGCGUGUCGAAGACCGCUGUUGUUGGCAACGGGCCGGUCACCCGGUGGUGGACGUGGGUGAACGGACCACUGCUGACUCCCCAAGCUCGCCCGCUUGAGGUGAGUGCUACAGGUCUGCUGCACUAUCUCCCGGUCUCACCACUCCGUCAUUAUCGCAGUCUUCUGGCGUUCGUGGCUGUCCUCACUGCUCCCAACCCCGUCUUUGAAUCUAAAGGAACUUACCAGCGCUCGAUCACUACGACAAGACCGCGCGAACGCGCUGGCGGGCUGCGUGCCCGCUUUGCUUAUGCCAACUUCCUUGGGGUUUGGCGGGAGCGAAUAGCGGUGCGGUUCUCCCUCUCUUGUCCAAGCCGCUACAACGACGGGACCUGCUAG